AUGGAAGAUGGCAGUGAGUCCAGCACAGCUGCCGAUCCACCGAGCCUAGUACCACAGGCUCUAUCGACACCUAUUCAGGAUCGUGAGGUCUCAUCUUCCCAACAUCCAUGUGAGAGUCAACCAUCUUUCAGUAUCGAAGGAGAUGACGAUGGUGGCGAUAAUGGCGAUCCUGUUGGUCCUAGUAAAAGCAAUAGCACUUUUAACUUUGACAAUAACCAGUUAGUUGGAUCUAUUGACAAAAUUACCAUAACUGAAGGCAAUCGAAAAACCUCCGCCUUACUCGAGCCCGCAGAACAGACUCAUUUUUCCAAAAAAGUGGAAUACGUCAACCCAGAUGUAAUCACCUUAGAACAAUCACCAGCGACAUCACCAUUACCGCAGCCACAGCAUCAUUCGCGUAGUCGUAGUGUGAGCACCACUGCGAGCAAGUCUAUUGGCUACUUAAGUAUCUUUGGCCAACCUGGCUACGGAACGAGACUGCCUCGCAACAUGCGACCGUGGGCCGUCGCUCCUACCUCCGCCUCCGUCUCCUCUAUCACCGCUGCUGCUGCUGCUGCUUCAGAUACUAUUUCCGCGCCUGAUGACUCCAGCAUCUCUGCUGACGAUGCCGAUGAGGUUUUGAGAGUUAUGGAUGUAACUCAGACCUCACUGCAGUCUUCAACCCCCUCGUCGUCAUGGUUGCAGCUACUACAGCGCCACCUUCCAGCCUCUACGAUGUCGCCAACGCCAUCUCGACGUUUUGAGACCAGCGACACUCCGCGUGGUUCCAUCGCAUCCAUUGAAGAGGGCGUCGCAAACACUUCCGCUGCCACAUCUUCUCUCGCCUCCUCCUUCGACUCUCAGCUUGCUGUGCUGUCCUACCAGCCUCCCUCGUGGCAUGCCAUAGCGGGACCGCUGGCUGUGGGACCUGUGGGUGAUCGUGUGUGCCUGGCAAAUCCACUAGUGAUGAAACCCCCUCCAUCAUCACUUCGGCUCCCCACUACUGCUCCCUCCUCCGCUGCUAUGAGGCGACGUCGUUCGCGUUCGUCCUCACUUGCCGCAGCACGUCGUGAAGGUGGUCUUAAGCAAUCACCCUCGGCGUCCUUCCCCCUUCUUAACCUCACUUCCGGGGAGUCGGUGAAAGCUCAUGCUCGCUCAGAAUCACCAAGGUCUUUGAAACCACCUCCACCACUACGGAGGCCUCCCUCUUCGGCCGCAAGGUCAUCUGCAGGACCUGCAAUAGCGUCUCGUGUGCAGCAGCUUCGAGUCAUCUUCACUACCUGCACCCCUUGUGGGGAAUGCUCACGUCUCUUCUAUGACGAGGAGAUAAUGGCGAUGUGGGUAGCGGCGGGGGAUCCACCGUUCGCUGGGCUCUCCUGUAGCGUUUGUGGUAGUUCCCUUGUGCCCAGACUCACAGUGCGCACCGUUGCCAUCUUCGAGCUCACUAAUCCCACCAGCACUGUCUCUACUCCUCUUUCGCAUGGUCUCAUUGAGCAGUCGGUUCCUUUCCUUAGUCCUCUGGUUUUGCGCCGUCAGCUAGAGGCCGUGGUCAAUAGCGGUGGAGGAGUUGGAAGUGGGAACAACAAAGGCUGUGUGGAGAGCAUGGCAGUUCAGGCGCUCUCAUCAGCCGGUUUGCUGGGUCAUCGACGUGGCAGGGUACUGCUAUGGAACCUGGUAUACUUAUUGCAUCGCGCUGGCCUGCCAACCCACCUAUUAGAUGCUUACCCUGCCUGGCUUAUGGAUGCUCAGGCCGAGGCACGUCUGUUGGGUGGGGGGCGGCGCGUCCUUCUUGGUGGUUCUCUCACCAUCGCUCGCGCUCUCUCGGAGGUGGUCUUAAGUCCUGAUUUGCCGGUGUGUUUGGUGGCGAGAUGGGACCCCUUUCCACGCAAGACUAUCACAGGUAGAGAAGCGCCGAUGCUUUACCGUCUGUGGGAUAGUAUUCACCCCGCCAACUACCGUAAGCGUAACUUUGCCAGUCGUGACUUUACUGACUUUUUUCAUGAUAGACUUGCUCUAUUACUGAAGCACUUGAAGUCGACUAUCGGGAUUGCGUGCCUUGAAAAUUUUGAUCCUGCCUUUUUCAAAUGUGCCUUCAAGUUGCUUUUUGGGCAUGUGAGUCCUUCUAGUAGUGUGGCUGAUCUGACAGCAUCACCGGGUAGAGGAGAAGAGCGACAGGAAUGUGCGCUGGAGGAGGUCGUGCGAAUGGCAGGUGAUGCACUGACAUACGAGAAUGUCGGCGCGGCUGUUUCCGCCAUUCGCUCUCUCAAACGCACGGCCAUCCAUUCCGUCCACCGAGAGUUGCUCCUUCUCUAUGCACGCAUCCAUGGCACAUCUUGGCAACAACUAAACAAAUUUGACGCGGGUUACAUAGCUUACCUGUUCGAUGAGAUGCGACAAGCGGGUACACAACAGCAGGAUCAGCUGCAGCGGUGGCGCACAAAUGACGAACUGCCUCCCUCAGCCACUGUGAUGGCGUGCCGAUGCAUCUUCAGGAACCUUGCACUUACCUAG